GUGGUGUGGUAAGCCUGGCGGGCGAGGCGGGGGAAGGUGACCACAACAACAAACAUGUCUGCUGACCUCAAGCUGCCUCCGUGUCCGCCCUCCCUCAAGGCUCUCCAGCACUACAUCAAGCUCGCCAGCGACUAUGACAAGCGGGAGCCCGUCGUGGCCUACUGGGCACGACUCUAUACACUACAGUCGGCUCUCAAACUGGAUCGAAAAUCACCUGAAGCUCGAGCCCUCUUGUCAGGACUGAUGGAUUAUCUAGAGACUUUUAAGAAGGAAAAUGCUGCUAAUGAAUCUGUAACAAAUGAUAUUGCUGGUCAAGCAUUGGUGGAGAAUGUAGCACAUAAACUCUUCAUGUGGGCUGAUGGAGAGGACCGUGCUGCUAGGUUUAAUAAGAAUGUUGUAAAAGUCUUCUAUACAGCUGGUCUCAUGUUUGAUGUUUGUGAAGUAUUUGGUGAACUGACCGAAGAAGUUGCAUCCCAGAGGAAAUAUGCAAAGUGGAAAGCCACAUACAUUCAUAACUGUUUGAAGAACGGGGAGACACCCAUUCCAGGACCCAUGGGUGGAGAUGAUGAAGGUUUAGGUGAGGACGUAGGUGGUGGUGAGGGGGACCAGGAGGGUGCUGUGGGUGGGGCAUCAGGUGGAGCAAUGGGAUGGUCUCACCUUGCACAGCCAAAUCAUGGUAUACCAUCUGUACCCGCAGCCACAGAUUUUGGUGGAUUACCAAGUGUGUCAUCAUCUUCACCCACACCGUCUGGAGGGGCAGGGUCUCGAGCAUUCAGAGAUCCCUAUUUGCAACCACAGGUCCCUCCCUCUGUAUCAGCACAGCCUCCAGCAACUAACACAUACCAGGCACCAUUACCAGAGGCUGCAGGUGGUGCGGUGACCUUGAGUCCUGACAUGAUCGUGAAAGCACAGAAGUAUUGCAAGUGGGCUGUAUCAGCACUUGAUUAUGAAGACUCUAAAACUGCCAUUAACAAUCUACAGAAAGCACUAACUCUUCUUAAAACUGGGUGUGACAGUUGAGCAAUUGCUAAUAAAAAUAAAGUUCACUUCAGGCUUGUUUUUAAUAUUUAGCAAACAUUUGGUGAUAUUUUCAGUUAAGCAGAGAAAUACUAUACGUUAUGUAGCAGUGCAAGUUAUGAUUAUUGUUCAACUUCUGAAUGAAAAGUUAGUGUAAAAUGUUUGAACAUGGUUAAGCAUGCAAGUUUUUGCAUAUCCUCUCCCUGUUUGUGUGUUUGCAGGGUGGUAGGGGUGUGUGUGGGUGUGGGUGUAGAGUGAGUGCAUAACACAUGUACAGAGUGAGAGAGUAUUUUGUUAUACAAGUUGAUGAGAGAUUUAGGCUGUGGACACUAAUUGUAUUAAGUAUUCAAUAAAGACUGCCCCCAAAAAAAGUUUGUGAAAGGGCUUGUCAUUAAGAACUACUAUUAAAGAGCUAUAAUAAGUAUCAACUUAUUUGAUCACUGUGUGUAUGGUAUUAGUUUGAUAGAGUGGGUGUAUGAUGAUAGAGGGAGAGAGAGAGACACACACAUGUGUGCUCGUGACAGGUAGAUAAGUAGUGCAUACUUUUUUUAUGUAUGUGGUAGGAAAACUUCCAUAGGGUAAUGAAGUCUCUCUUUAAUUGAAUGGCAUGUUUAUAUUGAUCAUGCCUAAUAGCCAGAACUGCACUACUUGACCUAGUAUGCAAGGCCUGAUUUGUCUAACAGGCAAAAUGAUUUUCAUUAUUUUCAAAUAAUUCUUUCCAGAUUGGUUCUUUAAUAACAAUAAUAAUCUAUUAUAUUAGGAACAUGACUUAGUUAUUUUUGGUUAGUUGGGUUUGAUCACAUUUGUUCCGGAGGAAUAAAAAAAAAUUAAAAUCAUACAUAACGUAAUGGAAAGCUUUAUCAUUCCAUAAGAAAAAUGAUCUAAAAAUACAGUACUGUAUAAUAUUUAAGGAAAAUUUGGCUUCUUAGACAACUUGGCCUAUUAGGUAUGACAUAUAUAUAAUCAAUCAUUUAGGAGAGAAAUAGGAUAAGAGUCUUCAUGCAGGCUAUUGUUCAUGAAUGCUUGUACUAAUGAAAGUUUGUCAUAUCUGAAUAAUUAGCAUGUACAAGUAUUUGUUGGAACAUUUAUGAGGGUGAUAAAAUUGUUAUACUGGGUAGUUUUUGCACUGAGGGAAUGUAUUCUUUACUUUUACGUACUUUACUUAAAUUUGGUUUUUAUUCUGUGGCAACUGCACCCGCUGCCUGUCCAUUACCCGAAAGUGAAGUUGCAGGCUUGAGAGCUAAUCCUUUCUGCAAGUACUGAUUGGUGAGAAUGCAUAAAAAAAGUGAACACAGAUGUCUUCAUAAACAUAUAUAUGUGCACAUGCACAUUUACUUAGCCAACAACUAGGUGAGUAUAUAUAUGCAUAUAUACAUGCAUCUGUGUGAACAUGCAUUUGAUACAUGUGUUAAUAUGUGUGCGCGCAUGAAUGCAGAUAUAAUUACACAAGAAUAAUUCUGUAAUUACAUGUAUUCAUAUUGACAUGUAUGUAUAAGCUCACACGUGCCACUUAUAAUAUUUUCUAACAUUCGUGUCUUUUGUAAGAUGUAUUUUCUUGAGCUUCUUUUUUUUGUUUCCUCUAUGUCUCACAUAAUUACUUGUUUAGUUAAAAAGAUCAAUAUUUAAUUUUAAUUAAUAAUGUUAGGAGUAUCAAUCAAAAUUUAACUUACCUGUAUUCAUUUGGCAAAGACCAAGAAUUUAGUCUUGAAAUAUGGCUCCUUUCUCAGUAUCAUCUGUAUUUGGUGGUUGUGGAAAGCUUUACAAGUCUCUCGUAGACUACUUGGUUUAGCCUUUUAACAUCUUAUAAUUAGUAUUGCGUGUGCCUCACAUCUCGGUGACCAGUAUUCUCUCAAGUCAUAUGUUCCUCGGUGAUUGUUUCCUCAUGUAAAUGAUGCUCACUUUUGUCUUGAGUUUUUGGAGUUAUUCAUCUUUAGUAGUGUUUCCUUCAGUGAAUGACUGGACUAUGCAUGUAUUUCCUUUUAUUCAUUCAUUAACUUAGGGUUUCCAUUACCCCUAUGGUAGUCAAUGUGUACUGUUAGUCAAGAGCUGUACAAUUUCAUUUUAAGAAAGGCCUUAAUGCUUUUUAUAUUGUGCCUUGCUCAAAUCGGUUACUGAAACAAAUUAAACUAAAUACCCUUAGUCAGAUAAAGUAACAUUACUUAAAUCUCUAUAAAAAUUUGUUGUAUUUAAUAAUAAGAAAGUCCAUCUUAAAAUUGGCAUUUUGAAUUCCAUGGGGGAAUAUUGCAAUAAGAUAGGUAACAUUUGGCAGAUGGUUCAAGUACUCCCUCAAAAGUCUUGUAUAUAGUUGCACAGGCGCUCCUGUCGCACAUCACAACGUUUAACAACUGCCUCGCUGUGUUAAUUCCUGAUGAAAUCAAAUUGUUUUUCUUUUGUGCAUCCCUAUGCACACUGAAAAAGAUGGAUGGAGGGAUAAAACCCAUUGCCAUUGGCAAUACCCUUCGCCAUGUAAUUGCAAAAGGUGCUGUCAAAGGAAUCCGAAUGGAAGCAGCCACCAUGCUGCAACCACACCAGCUGGGGUUUGGGAUCCCCUAAGGCAUUGAAGCAGCAGCCCAUGCUUCACGUGCCUGCAUUAGUUCUCUUACCAAAGACCAGGCAGUGGUAAAAUUAGGUUUCAGAAGUAGUCCUCACUGCAGUCCAGGAACAUUGCCCAAGCAUUCUUCCCUUUUGUGUCAGCAGGUUACAGCAAAGACUCGAUGCUCCUGUUAGGGAACAUGACUUCCUCCCCCCCCCUUGCACCCUUCCUCUUUUGCAUUGCAGUUCGAGAAAUCACAAGUAGUCUGUCCAGUGAGCUCAACAUCUGGUUCCUGGAUUAUGGCAGGCACACAAGACACCCUGCUGGAAGACCUGCAGCUGGUGAAGUCAUAGGAAAACCCUGGGUCUUGUCCUUAAUCUCUCCAAGUACAAAAUUAUUUAAUCCAGCAAGGUAGUCAUUAACACUUUCGCAUGCCCGGUGGGCGAUCCGCCGCAUACUGCAAGGUAGGCAGAGCGUUGGCCGUGAGUGCACAAACUACACUCGAAUGUUUAUAAUCUUUUCAGCUUUCUCACCUCAGUUUUCGGACUACAUCAUUCAUGUUGGUAACAAAUUCUUUGCAAUAUCAUGGCGUGCAUUUUAAAACCAGUCCUAUAAUAUUCGGACAAUAAUUUUUACAAAUUUAUUAAUCUGCACAGUAGGCAGAGCGUUGGCCGUGAGCGCACAAACCACUCCCAAAUGUUUACUCUUCUUGGCUUUCUCACUUCCAUUUUUGUACUACAGUACAUCAUUCAUUGUGGUAUCAAAUUCUUCGCAAUAUCAUGGUGCUCAUUUUUAAACCAGUCCCAAAAUAUGCGGACAAUAAAUGGAAUUUUUACAAAUUUAUUAAUUGAUGACGGCAUUACCGUCAUCAGAGCCUCUGCGUAUUUUGGUUUUAUGACAUUGAGACCAUCAUCAGAACGCAAAAGUAUUAAAACCUGUAUGUUGAAACUGGCAUCCUGUCUACAGGAUCACUACCUUGAGAGGUCCCUACAACACCCUCACUUCUCACCACCCACCUCUUUCUGUACGGUUGUCUCACUUCCAAGGUUAUCUUUCGGUUCAUAUUGCCAAUAUUCCUCCUUGUGUCAUUCCAUCCUUGCCAUGGAGGGUCCUCCUUAAGUUUUGUAAACCCUGACCCAUGUGACUAAAGCUUUUACCCCUCCUACAGUUCCGAAGCGCCUUUUCCUUGAACACUUUUCUUUGCAUUCCUACUCCAUUACCGUUUUCACUAAUGGGUCAAAGUCUGCAGAGGGUGUAGGCUAUUCUGUUGUUUUCCUGACCACACCAAUGUGUUGCCUGCCUCCAGAAACUACCAUCUUCCCGCAGAACUUUAUGAUAAUUUUGUGUGCUCUUCGUCAACUGCUUUAUCGCUGUCAAUCUUCCUUUGUUGUUGUCAUUGAUUCUUGCAGCGCCCUCAGGAUUCUGGAGUCCUUUAAUCCAAUCCAUUCUGUGGUUGUUGAAAUUCAACAUAAGCUGUUUCUUAUCUCUAGUAGAUUUAAGACAGUGAAGUUUUGCCGAGGUCCCAGCCAUAUUGGUGUAUCCUUAAAUGAGUGUGCAGAUGCUGCCACUAAGGAGGCUAUCCGCAUUUGUCCCAUCUCUUGUAAUGGUGUUCCUUAUUCCAACUUCUACCCAGCUAUUCAUUCCUCAAUCCUUGCCCGUUGGUCUUUUGUUGCUGGUAAAAAACUGCUUAAUCUUAUGGGUAGUGUGUCCCUGUGGCCUUCCUCCUACCAUGGUAACCAGUGGUGGUAAGUGGCUCUGGUGAGGUUACAUAUUGGCCAUACAUGUUUAACUCACGGGCACUUAAUGGAGCACUGCCCUGCUCCAUUAAGUGAAUUGUCCUGUAAAGCAUGUACUGUCGUGACAUUAGUGUCCUCACUGGUUAUGAUUCUGAUUGCAUCAGUGGUAUUGCCCUCUUCUAUUUUCCUGGUGAUCUGUGCUCUCAUUUUGUGGUUCUCAGGUGGGCUAUUGUUGGUCGUCCUGCGGCCUGUGUUCUUGUCACAAGGGGGGGAGGUGGACAAGGUUAUCUUCUCUGGGAAAUUCAUUAAGAACCCUAAUUACUGAGGUUGCUAAUGACUUGCAGUAAUGCUAGGCAUGUUGCGGCAGUAAUGCAAGGCAUGCAUUCUCAAACAGUAGGAGAUUGUGCCAUGCUCCAAUAGUUCUAGGAGCAUUGUUGACCUUUGUCAGCAGACUGGUGAGUUUGGUUGCUGCUUGAUGACGGGCAGCCUUGGGGAUGUGGGGCAAGGUCCUCGUGGAUGCUGCUUUGACUGUUUCAAGUAAAUUAUCUGCUGAACUAUCACAUAAGGUGAUAUUACAUUCUGCCAUUAAUUGCUGAUAACAUGUACUGAGUCUAGGGCUUUUUUGAAGGACAGAAAACCUAGUUGACACUUUUUUUAAGGCAUGUGGACAAAAGUAGCUUAUUGCUUUCUAUGGAGUAUUUUCAGCUGUUACCCAGUAUCAUUUAUUGCAGCCAAAGUGUUAAAAUUAAAAUAUCAAGUGUCACUUGACAUAGUUUCUUAUAAAUUUAUAAGAAAUUUGUACAUGACAAAUACAGAUUAAAGUUCCGAUUUGAAGAGUGGAACACAGUAUAAACUAUGUUUCUAUAGUUUGAGCAAAUGUACUUUGAGAGGAAUAAAUUGUUAAUUGGAGAGACAAACUUAGGCUCCAUUACCUAAAUAGUAGCUACUAGACUGGUAACUUAUAAAAGCAUUACUCUACAUACAUCCAUUAUGCAUGGUCUCACAUAUAAUGUGUUACUCCAGAACAUAGGUGUAAAAAACCCACCACAUACCCUAUACUGUGUAAACUGUGAUGUUUCAGCGGCUGUCCAUUUAGACUAGUAUUUGUCACUGACUGUAAACUAAACAAUUUACCUAAAGAUAAUGAUUAACCAAUUAAAAAUAAUAGGAAAUAACAAAUAAAAUAGUAUUUAUUGCAAGGACAAUUUUGUGUACAUGUUAGAUGGAGUGAAUUAUCAAGUUGGGAUCACAAAGUGUGGCACUUGCCAACUUAAUUGCAAUAAAAUGAUAGUCAUUCAGAGACGGUAUAAUAAUUUCCUACCAAUAAUGAAAAUAUAUAUAGAUAUUAAAAGAUUAACUAUACUGUAUAUGUAUUGACAUUGACUAUUUUAGAAGUCAAUGCCUUUACCUUACCAUUUUCCUUCACAUUCUCAAUACUUAGUCAAGGACCUAUUUGUUUAUAAUUUGUACAACAUUAAUAAUAAUUUAUUUUAGAAUGCCUAUUACCCACUUGCUUAAAAAUCUUGGGGUCUCCCUUCAUAACGUGUAUAUAGUAAAGUGAAUUUAGUAUAUAGUAUAAGAAAUGUGUAUAACAGUAUUGUGUUCAGUUUAUGUAAAAAUUCAAAACUUUAGUGUUUUAGAUAAUUGUCAAACUGCAAUUGUGUGUUUAGGCAAAUGGGUUUAAUUAAAUAUAACCACUUAGCAUAAUUGCUUUAGUUUAAUCCGUGAUCCAGAAUGUUUCUACCAUGAAAGUCAUGAAUUAUGACAAACUACAAUUAUUUCUGAAAAAAACAUUACUAAACUGUUACAUGUCAGCUUUUUCUGUUCUUGAUGAUUUUCAUUAUUUGAGUAUUAAACAUUUUAUUUUACCUGCUCUUGUUGCAGUGUAAUUUUAGAUUUAGUAUAUGCAGUAAUUAUAUUUUGUAUAUUAUAGUGCACCAAUGUAAAACAAAUGUUAUAUAUGAAUAAAUCAUAUUGUUAGACAA